ACUGCCUCAGAAAAGAAAAAAACGAGCUCGGCACCAAGCCACCAACAGCCGGCGGCGAACAUCCCCACUUCUCCCCAUCGCCGCCGGCGACGUCCCUUACACCGGCGCCAUGCUCCGCCUCCGGAGCUGCAUCCUCACCCAUCUCCUCUCUUCGCCCGCCACCCAUCCCGCCCCCUCUCUCCACCGCCUCCUCUCCGCCGCUGCGCCCGCCGUCUCCCAAAGCCCCCGAUUCGCGGUCGAGGACUACCUCGUCGACACCUGCGGCCUCACCCGAGCGCAGGCCCUCAAGGCCUCCACCAAGCUCUCCCAUCUCAAAUCGCCCACGAACCCCGGCGCCGUCCUCGCCUUCCUCGCCGGCCUCGGCCUAUCCAGUGCCGACAUCGCCGCACUCGUGGCUCGUGACCCGCAGUUCCUCUGCGCCGGCGUCGAGAGAACCCUGUCUCCCGUCCUCGCCAGGCUCACCGGCCUCGGCCUAUCGCGCUCUGAGAUCGCGCGCGUCGCCUCGCUCGCACCCCGCAGCUUCCGCUCCAGAUCUAUCGUUUCCGGGCUGGAGUACUACAUCCCCCUCUUUGGCUCCUCCGAGAGCCUUCUCCGGGGGCUCAAGAAAUUCAAGUACUUUCUCAGGUCCGAUCUAGAGAGGGUGGUCAAGCCCAAUAUUGAGUUACUGCGGGAGUGCGGGCUAGGCACUUCCGAUAUUGCCAAGCUCUGCCUCGCUGUGCCAUGGCUGCUCAGCGCCAAGCCGGAGCGCGUCCAGGUGAUGGUGGCGUGCGCGGAACGUCUCGGUGUGCCCCGUGGAUCGGGGAUGUUCAGGCACGCGUUGAAGGCUGUUGAAUCCCUCAGUGAGGAGAAGCUCGCCGCCAAAGUGGAGUACAUAAGGAACACGUUCAGGUGGUCGGAUGCUGAGGUGGGCAUUGCUCUUUCUAAGGCCCCACUGAUGCUGACCAAAUCCAAUCAGACACUGCAGAGCAAGUCGGAGUUUCUUAUAUCUGAGAUGGGGAUGGAACCGGCGUACCUUGCUCAUCGGUCGGUAAUGCUCUGCUUUAGCCUGGAGGGCCGAGUCAAGCCACGGUGCUAUGUUAUAAAGUUUCUUAAGGCAAAUGGAUUGCUAGAUCGCCACUGGACCUACUUGACAAUUGUCACGGUGGCUGAGAAGGAAUUUUUGGAGAAGUUCAUAUGUCCUCACAAGGAAGCUGCACCGAACCUUGCUGAAGAUUAUAAUGCCGCAUGCAGAGGGGAAGUGCCAGCUGAUUUCAGAUUUACAUGAACAAACAACCGGCUAUGAGAAUUGGUAACUGCGUAAGGUGCAACAAAAUUCUCACUCUGCGUAGUAAGCUGGUAAAUUCUGGUUCGGUGUUCAUUGCCUAAUUAGAUGUUGGUUGCAUUGAUUCCUGAACCCUGACGAAUUUCAUUCGGUAGAGAAGAAAGCAUUGCCUACAAUUUCCUAAGAUAACAUGUCCAGGAUACAUUUGUGUUUCCCACUUCUAUUUAAGAUAAUGGAAAUAGGAUCUGUGGGUGCGCCAAUUUGCUGCUGAAACUUGCACCCUGAGAACCAAAAAACAAAGGAAUUAUCCUGCGUUGCUGUGAUAUGCUUUCAUGAUGAAUUUUAUCUAGUGUGUUCCUUUUUUAGCUGAUCAGUUGGUCGCCUUUUUUGCUCCAUCAUAUGUCACUCAGUACUAAUAUUGCAGCUCAAUGUUUAAUAUUAAGAUUAUGCUUAGAAAAUAUCUUGUCUGUUCCGAAUGAUAAGACGUUUUGGAUAAUUUAAUAUGGACUACAUACGGAUUGAAAUGAGUGAACAAACACACUAAAACAUCUCUACAUAUGGACUGAAAUGAAUAGAACAUGUUAUAUUUUGGAAUGGAGGGACCGAGGGAGUAUAUUUCUAUUUGGUGUAUGUUCAUUUUUUGCCUUUUGAUUCCUUUCCCUCUAUUCUCCAAAGGUUGAUUCCUAAAUAAUGUAUAGUUGACAAUACUUUUGCUGGGAAAUGCUUCAAUAUUGUAAAAUUAACCUAUCUGCCUCUAAAGCAUGAUUAACAAAUGAACUGGUCGUAUCAUUUACAACUGCCCUUAAUCUUCAGAAGUAAACCAAUGUAGAUGGCAUGAUUUAGUCUUACCACAUUUCUCUACUAUUCAGUGCUUGCAUAUGUAAAACUGUGUGUCCAAUCACAAAACUACUUGUAUAAUUUGGCAGCAAAACUGUUGAUUAAAAAAUUGAUUUGGUAAAGUUACACAACUUAGAUCAGAUUCUUGCUUUCAGCUGCGCUACAAGUCUUUGUACAUCACUGGCACCUUAGGCCUGGUGUCCAUCCUAUAUGUAGCACAUUGCUGUGUCUACUGAUGCAAUUCUGGGCUUUGAUGGUGUUCAAUGAUGCAAGAGGGUAACUGUCCACUAUACUGUUCCAAACCAUCGUAUUUAUCAUUCUUUUGAGAUUGAUGAACGUAUCAAGAUAUGUAUUGGAGCGAAGAGAAUGUGAGAUCAGACCAGUCAGCCAAUGCAUUGAGAAUAUCAGUGGGUUAUUCUCUGUACUUUUCACGUUCAGUGUUCUGCUUCAGUUGGUUUUCAACAAUAUUGGGCUACUUUGUUGGCGGGCCUAUCCUGCAGUGUAAGUUUGUCAAGCACCGGCCACCAAUGAGAGGCGUUCCCUCUGAUUUUCAAGUAUCAAAAUCGGCUUUCAGCUAUAUUUGACCUUUGUUGAGGAGCCUGUCAUGCAGUGUAGGUUUCUUAGGCAUUGACUGAGUAUUUUUCUGCAAGGAAUCUGUGGAACUUUCUAGCUGUAUAUUUGUUUCCACCUGACGUGUUUGAGAACAGAAAAAUGGAAGCAAUAAAUGGAUCUGCCUUGAUUAGCUAAGCUGCUUUUCAAACAAGUCUACAUGUACAGAUCAAGAUAAAUUUUUAGCUUCCAUUUUCUUUUGUUCAAAUAGAACACUUGGUCCUGUGAUGGAGAUGGACUCGGAAAUAUUAUGAGAUCAUUAUCUACCAUGGAGGAAAACUUAAAGAAGUGGAGCUAUGAGUCCUUUGGCUCUGUUCGUGGUCGGUUAAAAGAUUUGAGGAGGCAAUUAGAGGAAGUGAGGGACAGGAACUGGAGAAGAGGACAAACAAAACAAGAGAAGAGUUCUGUUAACCAAAUUUCGGAUUUAAUUGCCAGAGAAGAAAUUAUGAUACGCCAGAGAUCUAGAGUACAAUGGCUAGUGUUAGGAGAUCGUAACACCGCCUUUUUUCACUCAAAAUGCAGAGAAAGAGCAAGACAAGACAGAAUAAUUUCUCCACAACGAGAGGAUGGAAGGAUAUGUUAUCAACAGGGAGAAAUUGAAGGCAUAGCUAUUAACUUUUUCUGCAAAUUGUUUUCUGCUCAGGAGAACCUGCAACCAGAUAAAGUGAUAAAGUACGUGCAACCAAAAGUAACAAAGGAUAUGAAUAAGCACUUAUGUAAACCGUUUACUUCAGAAGAAGUUGAGAAGGCACUAUUUAGGAUGAAACCAAAUAAAUCUCCAGGCCCAAAUGGUUUUACAGCAGGAUUUUUUCAAAGCCAUUGGGAACUGAUAAAGAUUGAUAUUUGCAAUGCAGUUUUGAAGUUCUUGCGAAAUGGUGAAAUGCAAGAGGGCCUAAACAAAACAAUUAUGGUGCUCGUUCCAAAGGUGAAUCAUCUCGGCUUCAAAGAAAGGAGCAGAAAGACUUCAGGAAGUAUUGGAAGCCUACAACAAGGGAUCAGGUCAACUGGUUAACAAAGUAAAAUAAGCAAUGUUCUUCGUGAAGAGACGAAAGAAGAAACGAAGAGAAUUAUGAAGAUAGAAACAGAAGCUCUAGAGGAGAAAUACUUGGGACUACCUACGGCCCUAUGAAGAAACUUAGCAGGUGGAUGGUCAGAGAAAAUGUUAAAUUCUGCAGGUCGUGAAGUUCUUAUUAAAGCGGACAUGCAAGCAAUACCCACAUAUUCAAUGAGUUGUUUUAGCCUCUCAAAAACUACUUGCAAGAAGAUGACCCCGUCAAUGGCAAAUUUUUGGUGGGGAGGUGAUGGGGAUAAUCAGAGAAUGCAUUGGAGAAAAUGGGAGGAGUUCGCACAGCCAAAGAAAGCUGGAGGUAUGGGAUUUAGGGAGAUUCAUCUGUUCAAUCUAGCCAUGUUGGGUAAGCAAGGAUGGAGGCUUUUAACAAACCCAAGCUCUUUGUGUGCUAGAGUUUUGGCUGGGAAAUACUUCCAUAACAUGGAAUUUAUGAACGCAAAGAAGAAGAAGAAUAGCUCACAUGUUUGGCAAGCUAUCUUAAAAGGAAGAGCAGCACUUCACUUAGGCCUGAUCAAGAGAAUUAGAGAUGGAAAGUCUACCAAUAUAUGGGAAGAUAAAUGGAUUCCAACAAUUCCAAGAGGGAAACCAAAGGAGAGAAGGUACAACUGUCUUAAAUGUAUCAGAUCUUCUGAAUGAGAUCUGAAUGCAUUAAGGAAUGGGACGGUACUCCCUCCGUAAAGAAAUAUAUAAGUGUUUAGAUCACGUAUUUAAGAUUCCACUGGGAAAGUUAGACCAUGAUACCUGGGCUCAGCUGAAAAACAUGGUCUGUAUUCAGUUAAAUCAGCAUACAAACUCCUUGCCAUAAAUUCAAGAGAGAAUUUCUUAUU